GCAAGAGGGGGCGCCACGCAUGCAGACAGCGCACAGUCCUCCCGCUUAUCACAGACCCGGGUUGCCUUGACAGCAGCAGGACCGCCUGGCGGGCAGCGCGGAGGAAGAUUCCCGCCACAGGUAUCUCGUAAGGAACUCGCUGCUUGGCGUGGGUUAGCGCAAUGGCCACCAAAUGGUUUACUGGGGCGCCCUUUGGAGUGCAGAGCCACAGGUUUGACAUCUCUGCUGUUUAUCCCAAACAUAAGAAGUUCAGCACCUUCACAGAGGCCCCAUACUUCAAGAAAUAUUCCGAAAAUGUGGCCCACAUAGGACCUGGGACUUAUGGGACCAUGGAGACCUGCUUCAGCAAGAAGAAGCUCAAGAGAGAGAUGGGCACAGGUUGGGCCAAGGCCCAAGAAGCCACGCGGCUGACCCAGCUGCCCCACUAUCAGUACCAGGCUAUCAUGAAGGAGAAGCGGCAGCAGAAGGAAAAACUGGGCCCUGGCUCCUAUGACUUCAAAGACUUCAUUGAAGUGCUGAAGCAGAAGCCAUGUAGCACCCGUGGGCUGCUCAGCUCCGGGGAAAUUCGUUUCCGAGGACUCAUCGGGAACUACUACCCAGGUCCUGGAAAUUACGGGGAGAAAGGCAACCCCUACACUAAGCUGGAGGAGAGUGCUUGGAACCGGUCUCACUCCGAGGGUCUCAUGUCCAAGAUGUCCAACAAGCCAUCCCCUUUGGCUCAUCAGGGGAGCGGCCUGGCACCAGGCACCUACCGCCUCAAAAGUGGCAUCGAGACUUACAUGGCACGAUCUGUGAGCACCCGAGGACCCUAUGACAUUUUCUCUGGCGACCGACACAAGCCCCAGCCAUAUGGACAUUACGCUGUGCUGAAAAAAAAGCCCAAAGAACUGUCGAGUUGCAAGACCUUCGUGGAAGAACUUCACUCACGUUACAAGAAGAAGCACGGGGUUUUUUCAGAUGUUCCCCGCAACCCUGAAACCCCUCCAGAGAGGAUUUACUGGGCUACCCUUAGCCAGUGUCCCCGAAAGCUAGACACAUCGGGUCCUGGCAUGUGGCUUCCUGUGGAGAAGAAAUGCAAACACGUCAACCAGCCCCCCUUCCUGCUGUCCUCCAAGAGGCCAGGCAAACCCUACCAGAUGCUUUUGGGAGCCUGGAACCCGGUAGGUGUGGGCCGCUACCUCAACACCUGGCUGAUCGAGACAAAGGACCGGCGGCAGCGAUACCAGUCUCUGUUCCUGGGCGAAUCUAAGCGCUACCCCUCAGACCCGGUCAAAGACAAGCUCAUGCAGGAAAGGAUCACACCUUUUACUAAAGGGAAGUGUCUUCCAACCGUGGAUUACAGUUCAGAUCCUACUCCUUAAAGCUGCUUACAGAGGACGGCCUGCGGGGACCGGAGGGCCCUAAGGCCUGAAGACUAGUCUGGGUAUGGGAGGGUAGGCGUGGGAAUGGGUUUUUGGGGUGAGAGGGGGAUGCCUGGGAGAGCAAAGAGGUGUGUGGAAACAUGUACCUGGAGGUCACGAUGUCUGUGGGGACAGCUGGGGCCAGAUGUCUUUUGAUGAGAUCUAGUAUCCUAAGAUUCAAAUUGGUCAGUGACGUGAAUAAGGGAGCCAGAGGGCAGAUGGACGCAAGGGUGGAAUGUGGAGACACUCUGGGAACCCCUUCUAUUCUAAAGCCAAAGUGCUUGACUGGUUCAUUAAAAUCCAA